AGCGCCGAGCUCCGCCCCCGCCCCGCGGGCCUGACGUGAGGGGCGGGCCCGGGUGGCCCCGCCGCGCUGUGCCCGGUCCGGGCGGCUCUGCCGGCGGUCCGGGGUGCUCCCCUCCGCCGUCCGAGCGGGGCGGCUCUCGCGGGAGGCGGCGCCAUGGGGCUGCACGGCGUCAAGGCGGUGUUCUUCGACCUGGACAACACGCUGAUCGACACGGCGGCGGCGGGGCGGCGCGCCAUCGAGGAGGUGAUCGGCGCCCUGCAGUCCAAGCACCACUACGGGGAGGGAGAGGCCCGCGCCGUCUGCGAUAAAGUCCAGGCCAAGCUCCUCAAGGAGUGCCACGAUCCCGCCAAGAUGUGCAUCACAGACCUGCGGAUUUCGCACUGGGAGGAGGCGAUCCAGGAGACCAUCGGGGGGGAGGCGAACCGCGACCUGGCGGCCGAGUGCUAUUACCUGUGGAAGACGACGCGGCUGCAGCACCUGACGCUGGCCGAGGACACGCGGGCCAUGCUCACCGAGCUGCGGAAAGGCCUCCGCCUGCUGCUCCUCACCAACGGCGACCGGCAGACGCAGAGGGAGAAGAUCGAGGCGUGCGCCUGCCAGCCCUACUUCGAUGCCAUCGUUGUGGGGGGAGAGCAGAAAGAGGAGAAACCGGCGCCAUCCAUAUUUCAUUACUGUUGCGAUCUCCUGGGGGUGCAGCCUGCAGAGUGCGUGAUGGUCGGUGACUCUCUAGACACAGAUAUUCAAGGAGGCCUGAAUGCUGGCUUGAAAGCAACGGUCUGGUUAAACAAAGCAAUGACUGCCCCAGUAGAUACCUCCCCUGUACCUCAUUAUGUUAUUGCUUCUGUACUGGAUCUUCCAGCAGUGUUACAGAAGAUGGAGCACAACGCUAAUGCUAAGUUAGAAACUGACCGUAUGGCUAGUAGAAAUGAAGCACAUUGAUGAUGGUUCCAGCAUACAGAGACCUGCUGAGCUGUUAGGUGACAGAUGCUCUUUUUAAAAGUCUGACCCUAGGAGUUUGAACUCAUCUGUGGUCUCUUUUAAACAGCAGAGGGACGAAUAAGAGCACAGUUGUCAGUGAAAACCAGACAGAAGCACAGAAUUAUAUUAAUUUAAAUGAUGCAAGUUAAUUUAAAGGCACUGCCUCUGUCUGGAAAUUAUUUUGACAGACCGUGACAGAAGUCUGUCUGUCUCUGACCGAAGUUGCCAGUCUCUUGUAUAUAUAGUGGAAAAGAAAAUUUGGAUGUUCUGAGCUUUCACAUGCUUUGCUGACAUGUAAGCUUGGCAGAAGCUUCAGUUCUGACCUUGUGUGCGGUGUGUAAGAGAAGGUGACAAAGAGAGUGUGGUACAAUCUGGUAAAUCCUCACAACUGAUCUACAGUUUAUCUCAGGAACUGGAGUGAAUGUUAUUAUUUCUCAGACUAUUAGAAAUGCUCUACCUUUAAACUUUUUUAAAAGUUUUAGAUUUUUUUUCAGACUUUGCAGUGGUUUUUCUUUUAUGGAACUUGUAUCUCUUGCCAAAACUACUUAAACAUACAUAAAAAAUUUGCUUUUUUAUCGGGGACCAUUUAUCAGAGGAACUUGAUUAAUAAGCUUCUACUUUAUAAUAUCUUGGUGCUUAUGCAGAUAUGCAGUAUACUUGUAAUUCAGAUUAUGAUUUUUGUUGAAAUGGAUAAAAUAGGGAUAUUUUCAGUAGUGCUACUGUACUGUCAGAUUCUUCAGAAGCUAAUAUCGUUGUUCUGUCUGAUGUUAUCAGUGAAUUUUGAUCAGACUUCUUGGAGAAACUGUUCUUGGUCUUGUUCAGGUGUAUGACUAUUCAGAUUCAACUGUAGGAUCAGUGGCUUUUCUGACUGUUUUAAUGGCACUGCUGUAUAAUCCCUCCUUACUCCAGUUUGCAUGUGUAAUUCAUGUGAUUUAUUCUGGAGAAAAUACAAGCUAGUUGUCUGUAAAUGGCUCUCAUUACUCUCUUCCAGGAAACUGGAAAAUUAUGUCCUAUGUAUUACAGUACUGUAUACAACUUCAUAAGGUAUAUGUGAUAUUUCCACUACAUGUAGGAGAUGACUGUCUGAAACAGUAAGGUUUCUCUUUCCCAGAUCAUUACAUUAAUUUUUUUCUGUGCCUCAUAUUCUUACUACAUAAUGGGGAAGUAUUCUCAUAUUAAAUGGAAAUGUAAACACCUGUUGGCAAGUCUGUGGUUUUCAGCCCUAUUUGCUCUAUAUUCACCAGGAUGAGUAUCAGACCAUAUAUGAGAAAUCAAAUUUUAUAUUUUAGAAAAAUUCCAUGACAGAUCUUUUGAGAAAAGGGGUAUUAGGCUACUGGCAGAAGAGUGUCUGGCAUGUGGGCAGCAAUUAGAAGUACAGAAAUCUACUAUGAAAUGGGUGUGUAGAAGAAAUUCUAUAUACAAAAAACAUUCAUGUCAAAUUAAACAAAGGAACCUAAAUUAAUGCAGUUGAGUCUUGCAUAGGAUGACAGUCAGUUUAGAGAAGGCUGUUACUGGUUUGGGUUAAAUUAUUUGACAAGGAGUUUAGGUUGGAUCAAAAUAUGUUGUUCCUACAUUGAGGAGGAGGGAAAAAAGAAAAUAAAUAUUCAAUAAAUUUGGAACCCCUUUCCCAACUGUCCAUUAGAAAAGGUAAAGCAGUCCACAUUCAUUGUCUUACCUGGCCAAGACUGUUGAGACAUCAGGUCAAGGAAGAGUACAGAGACAGACCCCACCUAUUCCUUUGAGGAAAUGGGCAUAUACUGAAAACAAUCCAAUUACAGCAGUACAGUAACGUGAACCAGUGGCACUGACUUGUCACACCUUCUGAAGGAAGAGGCCUAAGUUAAGACUUUGGUUUGCAUUUGAAGAGCAUGGAAGCAGUCACUGGUUUAGCUGAUGAGCAAAGCAUUUCUAGUAACAUUUCUUAGAACCGGUGAUUGAGACAAGAAUAAUAAAGAUCAUUGAUCCUGUCAGCGAUACUGUGUAAAAAUGGAAAAGUAUCCAAAAUAUUAGAGGGAUCCCUGAAGUAAUCUGACUAUACCAUCUAAUACAAAAGCAACAACUUUGCUUACAACAGCAUCCCAAAGGAGCUACAGGGUGACUGACUCUGCCUUGUUUGCACAGCAGCAGGGUAGUAGAACUUAGGUCAGAAUGAGGUUUCUGAUACAGCUGAUAUUUAAAGUAACAAAUAGUAAUAAUUCACAAGUCUGUCUGUGGAGACAGAAGGAGAUACAGAUACAUAAAUAUAUAGGUAUAUAUUGCACCAGGUUACCAUUUUUAAAUCUAGGUUGAGGCUCAUAUUCUCUUGCCACUGCAUCAUUCUGAAGUGGCAUGCCGAGCCUGCUUAUUGUAUAAAGGGUCUCUUGUUUUAGAAGAGACUGAUCUUUGUUUUGCACAUGGCCAGCCAUUUCUUUUCAUCUCUGACUCUGAAAAACCACAGUAACUGCAUACUCAGAUGACAGUGGGGUCUCUAGAGGCCACACCCGAGUAUAUUUUUCAUUUUUGAGUUCUGUACCAGGCUGAGUGUGGCUACUGGUGUCCAGAGAGGGAAACACUGUUAUGAUGCUUCUAUAAAACAAGGAGAAACAAUACAAGACUUUUCUCUAUCUAGGGCCAUUCUUAAAAGCAGUUACCCAAUAAACUGGAUUAGGUGUCUGGAGUAUCCCUAAAUACUCAAGAUGUUUCUCUUAGAUAGAGCUGUUGCAGAAAGGAUAAUGAAAAAUAAUUAUAUCUAGUAAAUUGGAAACAUAAAUGUAAUGAUGGGAUAAUUUUCACAUCAGAAGCAGGAGCAAAACAAUUAAACAGACUAGUAACAGUUCUCAUUAAGUUCUGGUUUUGCUUAGUGUUAUGCUCUCUUAGAUAAGUUUUCUAGCUUAAACUAUAUUGCCAAAACACAAAAAAUAAAAAGAGGAAAAGGAAAUUCCAUCUAUAUUUUUAAAACCUUUUUUUUCCAGAUAACUAUUACCUCCUGAGGUUAAUCUACAGUAACUUUGACUUCAUUGAAAUGAACUGAAACAAUAGUUUAAUACCAACUGUAUUCUAAUUCUUGAUUUAAAAUAACCCAUGUACUAGUCAAUAAAAGUAUUUUGUUUAUAAAA